CUUUCUUUGGGUUUAUCACCUCCCAACAGCUCAUACAUUUCGCAGCCCACAAUGUCCCAGCUCACGGCAAAAACUCCGCACCCACCCGAACGAACUCCCGAAGACGCAGUAGCCCUCUUCAAAGUCAUCGAGGACAAAUUCCCCUCUGCCACGCUCGGAGACGAUCGAUGGUACCUCAUUCCUAUUGCUGCUCUUCCUGGCUCCGGCCAGCCGGAAUUCGCCAUACAGCUAUACACAUAUCUCACCUCGAAGCCUGAGUAUUCUACACCCGAGGCCCGUCAGAAGCUGGUCCGACGCCUAAGAGAAGCGCUGGUGAAAUGCGUCUCCAUCAUCGGGGUGUGUCGCCCGUUAGAAGUAAUCUUCGGCAUAUCAAAGAUUGAAAGGCCGGAGGAUAAGGACUACUCAUUCUCCAGGGAACACUGGCAAUCCGGGCCCGCCAACCACGCCCGCGGCAAAGCCUGGCUCGACCGCAUCUACAAGCACAACAUCCUCUCCAUCAACGACGCGCUUGCCUCCCAUAAGGAUUUCGCAUGGAUCUCGUACGAAAUCACCUACGGCCUCUACCUCUCCGACCACUCCGUCAUCGAUGACGUAGAGACCGAAUUGGUCGUCUUGUCGGGUAUUAUGAUUCAGAACCUGAGAAGUGAGACGCAUUGGCAUCUGAGAGGGACGAGGAGGGUGGGUGUGAGUAUGGAGGAUGUGGAGAAGGUGCAUCAGUGUAUUGAGCUUGUUGCGGAGUUUGCGAGGGUGAGGGUUGAUAAGGUACCUCGUGUAGCUGAUAUUGAGCAUGAGGUUUGAAUUUGUUAUGAGAUGGAAACACAGAUUUCCAUUAUCAUGUUAUUAUACAUUCCACAAAUUUUGAGUC